AUGAGCGGCAGCCGGUGGUGCGCUCUGUUGACUUGGGGGUGUCGCAAAGGGAUCAACUGUUUUUGCCUUGAUUUUGAUCCAAUCUCCGAAAGACUGCAAACAGAGUUUGAUUUGAGACUUCUGGAUGACUCUGUACGGCAAGUCUUUCAAGAUGUUCCCAAACUCGAUCCAGACCGACUGGACCCAGAUGUGUGCACGAGGGUCUCCUUUUUCACGGACGGCUCAUGGGAUGGCCACGCAGCGAGUUGGAGCUUCGUUGUCACUGCGGAUGUUGAGGAAGUCACACAUUUUGUUGGCUUCCAGAGCGGACGCAUUGCACUGGAUGAAGGAACUGACAAGGAUGCAGACCUGGGCUCCUUCUACCUUUGCCGAAUGCCAGCGUGGGCCGACCUUCACAUGGACGCAUACGCAUUGCCAGAGACUGAUCAACAUUUCUCCAAGCACCCGCAGUAUCCUUGGACUUAUACUGAGGAUACGCCCAUUGCGCCUCCAGCUCCACAAGGGAGAGAUCGAGCGGCAUUCAGUGCUGCCCUUGAUGAGUCGUUGCAUGGGUUUGUCCAACCAGACAAUGGAGACUGCUUUAUUUCAGAUCUUUUUCUUCACCUCCAGAACACUUGCAAGCGUGCUAUUCCCUUUGGAAUCUUGAUUGAGACCUUCCAAGAUUGGCUUGAGACGCUUUCAAUCGGUGGAGAUGAUCGGAUCAUUCAAGCUGGACUCCAAGUAUUGGAUUGGAUUGACGGGAUUUGCCGACCAGGAGAACGUGAACAGGGUGAAACCAGUGAUGAUAUUCUGGGUUCUGAAGGCUUGGGCGUCCUGACGGUUCAUUCCUUGACGUUUCUGGAUCGCUGGAGCCUACCGCCCUACAUGUACUACCAGCCGGAUCGCAAGGGGAUGCGAAUCGUCAAGGAGAAGCUCCUAGAUAUGCACCUCCAUCCGCUGAUUGCCUGGCGCAAGAUCGACAAGGACGGUUCAAUGCGCAUCUCCUACGAUGAGUUCCGCUUCUACCUCUACGACAUGAUCUCCACCAACAAGGCGCAUUGCUCAAGCUUGCCCGGCUUCCCCAAGAUGGAGAGCGAGAUCGCAGCGGUGUGGCGCGCCAUGGACAAGGAGUGCACGGGCUACAUUGAGCUCAGGGACUGGGAUACCAAGAGCCACGAGCACCUGGCGGAGUUCAAGACCUGGGCCGAUAGGACGCAUGGGUCGGCGGCGGUGGCCUUCCGUGCGUUGGACACCGGGGGAAAUGGACAGACGUCCAACUGCAAGCUGUCGCGAAAGGAGCUCGAGAGAUGUACCAGGGGCGAGGACCCUUGUAAGGCAGAGAUCGAGUUUCUCUUCGAUGGGUUGGAUGUGAACCAGAUCGAGUAUUUGUACGAGGCAGACGUGAAGUUCUUGGAUGGCUGGGACCUGGCUUGGGAGGAAUGGCAAGCAGAAGCUGAACGAAAGUGGGCGGAAUCCGUCUGA